UCAUUUUGAUUGUCACCAAAAAUAACAGGAGAUGUGCUGAACGACACGUCCAAUCAGAUCCACAUUCAGCUCAAAACGCCGGGAAGUCUGCGAAUGUUUCACCUGAAGCCCAAAGACUCGGGUGUAUACAAGUGUAUGGCCGAGAAUAGGCACGGAAUCGCUCUGUCGUCGAUGGAACUGCUGGUGAACGAUAUCGACCUCCACCUCUUCGCCCUCAACGUGGCCUCCACUUCGGUGACACUGGUCUGGAACGGGACGGCCAGGAAUCUGUUCCCCGAGUAUCAGAUUCUGUACCAUCGGAUCGACGCGAAUGCGGUCAACGCCAGCGCCAGUACCGCCGGCACCACCGGCUCCGCCACUAAGUACGAGACGGUGACAAUACAGCACUUUCUCCGCUCCUAUACUAUCAAUAAUCUGAUGCCCGAACACAAGUACAAGAUGUGUAUUGCCAUCAGAGACGAUGACAUCGCCGACAUAUCGGCUAAUCUUCAGCUAUCGUGUACUAUAGUGCAAACGGCACCGGCCUAUACGGUCGGAUCGAUGACAGGUCACGUAUCCAAUAUGGCAGUGGCGCUGACACUAUCGGUGUUUGUGUUGAUGCUGUUUGUGAUUUGCUUCAGUUUCUGUGCCGCCCGUCAGUACAACAAGAAGUUUCAAUACGAAACGCCACACAAAGCCCUCAUCGACAACAUGAUCAUCAUUCCGAUGGACAAUAUCUGUUCCCCACUCAUCGCAGCCAAUCAUCACCACAACAGCGGUUCCGGUGCUAAUCACACCACCGCUGCCAUCGAUCACAGCAAUACCAAUACCAUCGCCGCCAACAACGGUGUGACCAAUGGUGACGACACCGACGAAGACAACGCUAUCGUUACCACAGCUCUCACCGCCGAAGAAGUCAUUUAGGAUCUCAUUAUUUACAAAACAUUCGCAAAAACCACAAUCUGUUACCC